CUGCAGCAGCUGAGCCUAUUGCCUGGGGCCAUGGACUCGGACGCCAGCUUGGUGUCCAGCCGCCCGUCGUCACCAGAGGCCGAUGACCUUUUCCUGCCGGCGCGGACCAAGGGCAGCGGCGGCGGUGGCUUCUCGGGAGGUACUGUGUCCUCGUCGACACCGAGCGACUGCCCGCCGGAGCUGAGCGCCGAGCUGCGCAGCGCCAUGGGCGCGGCAGGCGCGCACCCCGGGGAGAAGUUGGGCGGCGGCAGCUUCAAGUCCUCGUCGUCUAGCACCUCGUCUUCCACGUCGUCAGCGGCCGCGUCGUCCACCAAGAAGGACAAGAAGCAAAUGACGGAGCCCGAGCUGCAACAACUGCGCCUCAAGAUAAACAGCCGCGAACGCAAGCGCAUGCAUGACCUCAACAUCGCCAUGGACGGGCUACGCGAGGUCAUGCCCUACGCGCACGGCCCGUCGGUGCGCAAGCUCUCCAAGAUCGCUACGCUGCUACUGGCGCGCAACUACAUCCUCAUGCUUACCAAUUCACUGGAGGAGAUGAAGCGGCUGGUGAGCGAGAUCUACGGCGGCCACCACGCAGGUUUCCAUCCUUCGGCCUGUGGCGGCCUGGCGCACUCGGCGCCCCUACCGGCCGCCACUGCGCACCCAGCGGCCGCAGCACACGCCGCACACCACCCUGCGGUGCACCACCCCAUCUUGCCACCCGCCGCCGCCGCCGCAGCAGCGGCCGCUGCUGCCGCCGCGGUGUCCAGCGCCUCCCUGCCCGGCUCCGGGCUGUCAUCUGUCGGCUCCAUCCGGCCUCCUCACGGCCUGCUCAAGUCUCCAUCUGCAGCUGCGGCGGCCCCUUUGGGAGCCGGGGGCGGCGGCAGCGGGGGCAGCGGGGGCUUCCAGCACUGGGGCGGCAUGCCCUGCCCCUGCAGCAUGUGCCAAGUGCCACCGCCGCAUCACCACGUGUCGGCUAUGGGCGCAGGCAGCCUGCCGCGCCUCACCUCCGACGCCAAGUGA